AUGACUAUUAGAACUGUCCGUCCUGACCGCUGUCAGCAUUUUCGGCCUCGCAUGCACUGCCUCAAAAAGCUGGAGGCAAUCAUGGUGGAGAUGCAGGACCCGAAAGGUGGAGUUAAGGGCACAGAACAGAAGCUAAAUGUCACUUCAAUCCCACACGUCAUUGCUGGUAAAGACAUAAUUACAUGGAUUGCAAACAAGAUGAAGACAACUCAGGAAGAGGCUCAGGUCUUUGGCACUAUGUUAGUGGCGUUUUGUUACAUCUACCCUUUGCAGAACCAUAAGAAGCUAGUGAUGUGUAAUGACGACAGUCUUUACCGCUUCCAGACACCAUACUUUUGGCCAACACAGAAAUGGGUGGCAGAGGACUCUGAUUAUGCCAUUUACCUGGCAAAGAGAAACAUCCGCAAGAAAGGCAUGCUUGAACCUUAUGAACAGGUACAUUACAACCAUCUCCAUGACUGGCUGAACCACAAAUGGGAUUUCAUUGUGAUGCAGGCUACUGAACAAUACAAGGCAGGUAAAGACAGGAAGAAGCCAGACCGAGUGGUGUUUGACUGCCAGGAGAGGGCUUACUGGAUUGCGAACCGACCACCGCGUCACACUCACAGUGCUUUGGACUCUGCUCCAGAACGCCUUAUUGAUCCUAACGCAGAUGAGAAAAUCCCCUUUGACCAGUACAGACGCAUGAAUGUGUUCUAUCAACAAGCCAUCAUGAGGUCAAAGGUCAAAUCCAGUGUGUCCCUUGGAGCUUUGGUCAAGUACAUGACAACUUACAAAAACCAUGAUCCAUUCUUGGCUCCGUGCCUACCCAGCAACCCGUGGCUUACAGACAACGACAUGUACUGGAGUCUGAAUAUGAGAAGAGUGGAAGUUCCCACUAAGAUGCGAGUGGAGCGCUGGUCCUUCAGUUUGUUUGAGCUGCUGACAGACCUCCGGGGUCGGGAUGACUUCAAGAUCUUCCUCAAAAAGGAGUUCAGCGGAGAGAACUUGGCUUUCUGGGAAGCAGCAGAGGAGCUGAAGUGGGGCACUGCCUCAUCUAUGACUUCCAAAGCUGAGACCAUUUUCAAAACCUUCCUGGCCCCCGGCGCCCCCCGCUGGAUUAACAUCGACGGCCGGACGAUGGGUCUGACGGUGAAAGGCUUAGACCACCCUCACCGCUACGUCCUGGAGGCUGCUCAGACACACGUCUUCAUGCUCAUGAAAAAGGACACAUUCUUCCGUUAUCUCAAGUCUCCAACGUACAAAGACAUUCAGAAAAAGGCCCUGAACCCUGAACCUCAUAACUUUAGGUGA